AUGAAAAUGAUGAAGAAGAAAUCUGUUGUAAUUGAAGCAGUGGUUUCGAUAUUGUUAUGUUCAGUCAUUAACGACGUUUCAGGUGUAUUUUUCGAUUCUAGCGAUUUGACUUAUUGGAGAUGCAAAUUCAAACAAACGUUUCAGUGUCCGGAUCCCGACGUGACGUUUUACUUGUACAUGAGUGAUCUCAAGAGAAGGACUAAAAUCGAUAUGAGAGACAAGUGGUCGUUGUACAACAGUGGUUGGAACCCAAAUAAAAAGAACGUUAUCGUCAUACACGGGUUUAACGGAGCGGAAAAUAAUAGGGUCAUGGUCAUACUGAGAAACGCCUACUUGAUGCGCGGAGACUUUAACGUGUUCAUGGUGGACUGGAGUCCGUUGACCGUGUACCCCUGUUACCUGUCGUCGCUGAGAAACACGAGAUUAGUGAGCCAGUGCACCGCUCAACUUUACGCCCAUCUCACUUAUUCAGGUGCUUCUGCUUACCAAAUACACUGCGUCGGCCACAGUCUCGGGGCUCACAUAUGUGGCAUGAUAAGCAAUCACUUGACGGAGAGACAGCACAAGAUCAUCGGUUUAGAUCCGGCAAAACCUCUGGUAGACUUGUUUACGAUGGACGAAUUUCGAUUGACUAGGGACGAUGCUGAUUUCGUAGAGGUCAUACACACAAACUCUGGAGUUUACGGAGAGUAUCCUCAGAUAGGACAUGUCGACUUUUGCGUAAACGGUGGUCGCAUGCAACCAAUUUGCACUAGCCAAGCAAAUAUCAUACAACAAUCGCGGUGCAGUCAUUUCAAGAGCGUUUGUUAUUAUGCAUUGUCACUAUCGAGAAGGCGCAACAAGUUUUUGGGAGUACAAUGCACGGAAACUUGCGACUCGGUGAUGCUUCCGUCAUUUUCGAAUCGGAUCGAUGUCAUACCCAUGGGCCUACAAACACCAGAAUGGGUUAGAGGGACAUUUUACGUCGCAUACGAAGAUCCAGAUAACUUUUGCCGAUUCGAUGGAUAG